AGAAGAAAGUUCAAUACCCGCAAAUUCACAACGCAUAGAUGCACAAAUUCCAAAUUUGGCAACUCAAGGAGCAGCAACGAAUAUUUCAGCUGGCCAUGCAUUUAAUCAAAUCUUAAACGAAAUACGAACUAUGAAUGAAACUUACCAAAGAAUGUUCAAUACACUAACCGAAGAAAUCAUAAAUCUAAGAAACGAAGUCAGCCAGUUAAGAGCUCUACCCGUAACAGAGGGUGAAUCAAAUCUUUUGCCAACUCUGCCGCUGCCUACGCUCGCGAAAUUUCAGGAAUUUGAUCAAAAACUCUUAGUGGAAAAUGAUCUUCGCGUAAAUCUGAAAAACUUUCUGCUGCGAGUUGGUGGAAGCGAUCUCUCAGCAUUUACUAGACUGGCUUUGCGGCGAAUAUUAUCGGAUGAAGUAUCCACCAAUAUAACUUGGUGUGGCACCAAUGACAAACCCAGUUUCCAAAGCUUCUCCACCUUUAAUGUCAUUAAAGAAAUUGGAUUUUUAAGAUUCAGUUAUGCCACGGAUGUUGAUAUUAACAAAAUUUGCCAACAGCAUUUUCUGCACGCCAAGGAUAGAAUAAAUAAAAAAUUAAAAACUAAAACCAAAAAAGUAAAUGUUAAUGACACAAUUUAAAUCCAACUAAAUGACAAAAAAGCUAUAGACCAAAACAUCUAUGUAAAUAUUAAUAAUAUAAAUAAAGGUUUUAGGGUGCAUUUACAUAAGUUUAAAAAUACGUAGCUAAAAAAACGAAUAGUGAAUAUGUUAGACUUGA